AUGGGGGUCAAGGAUACCACAUAUGACGCGUACAACGUGACAGUGAGCAUCAACAGCAUACCCACGUUGAUGCAAGUUGACACCGGUACCAAGCACAGUACACUUCCGAAGCUGACAGCUAAGACUGUAGGCAUAACCGCGAUACGUAAGACGGACAUGAGACUCACUGGUUAUGACGGCAGCGCUAUCAAGAUAUUAGGUCUUGCCAAUGUGAACGUUAAGUAUGAAGGAAACUCACAUACACUGGAGGCCAUUGUAGUGGAUUGUGAUAAAAUCCCCCUGCUAGGACGUGUGUGGCUCUACACCUUCAACAUUUUAAAAACGUUCUUAGUGGGUAAUGUAGAGAAUGAUCUCGAGAAGAUAAUCUCGACAACAAAAAAAGACCUCAAAUCAACUUACUCCUACAAACCCAAAAUGGUCAGACAAGAGAAAGUUCACUUGAAGCUCGAUGCCGCGACUAAGAUCAUACUUUCCGCCAAGAUCGAUGCAACGACCCAGAAAUUGGAUUGCUGUCUGAAGCACGACAAAAUAAACCUUGCUCGAAAGGAAUCUAGAUGUCCGAUGCCAUGCACAAGCGACCCGGUUUGGACUAGCUGUCUUUACUUUACCAAGCCAUCGUUCGGCGAAAGAGUGGGGGUGGAACAGUUUAUCACGAUAAAGGAAAUAAAGGUUAAUCUGUCAUUGAUUCAAGUGCCACUAAAUGAUGCCUUGAAUAUUAAUAUACAAAUUAAUAAUAAAGAUGAUUUAAUUUAUCUGAAUAAAAAGAUAUCUGGAAGUGCGGCUAAGAUUGGUAGCAAAUUAUGUUAUCAUCAUUGUACAUUGCUUGUUAACUCUGAUUUAAAUUUGAUUAAUGAUUAUUUAACAUCCCAAUUGUUUCCUUUCCACAUUGAAUGCAAAGCUACCAAAAGCGUCAGAUCUAAAGUUGAAAAUUUGAUUAAUAUAAAUCCAACAGUUGAUCAAGACACUAUAAUAAAAUAUAUUGCCAAAAGCUAUUUAAGUUUCUAUAAAAAUACAGAGAAUAAUAUAUUUGAAAUAGAACCAAAUGAAAAGAAUUUUCCAGGAAUAUAUAAAGCAAUACAGGAGUUCAAAAGUUGGGAAUGGCUUUAUGGAAAAACACCAAAAUUUUCCUUAUCCUUAAUUUUUGAUAAUGAUAUAAUCCCUUUAUUAAAUAGGUUCAAUAUGGUUAAAUAUAAUAUAGAGCAUGGCUAUAUAACACAAAUUGUUAUUAAAACAGAAAAAAAUGUUUACAGCAUAAAUUUAAUUGAUAACAAAAUUAUAUUUGAUUUAAUUAAUCUUACAAAUGUAUCAAUAGUCAAUUCAAUUGCCAAUAUUGUUAGCUUUGAUUUUGCCUCAUAUUAUAUUAUGUACAUAAACAAAAUAAUUGCACCAUAUAUUUGUGAAAGAUUAAUAAAAAACAAAUUGUAG